CAAAUCGAAGCCCCCUCCCCAUCGCCACCAAAACCAAAAAAAAAAAAAAAAGAAAAAGUAAAACAAAGACUUGAUAAAAUUGUCACACUCUAAAAUCUCUCGUCGGAACCUUCGUCCCUAAGCACUAAGCACUAUUUCUCUCUUUCAGAUCUAACCACAUUGUUAGAUACGCACUCAUAUACGUAAAUACACCAUUAUUCUGUAUAUUGGAGUGCUAGAGAGACAUAGCAUGGGCGGAGUGCCAUCGACGCCGCGGCUGGGUGGCGGAGCGCGGCCGCAGGAGACCGCGGACUACUUAAUUGGGGAAUUCGUUGGAGAGAAGUCAUUUCCUCUCGCCUCUGAUUACUGGCAGAAGCUUCUCGAGCUUCCUCUCGAUCUUCGUUGGCCAUCUCAUCGCGUUCGCCAAGCUUGCCAGUUCUUCGCCAUGAAUAAUUAUAACACAAGGCACCUUGCGAAGAUUUUGAUUCACCUAGCGUGGUGCUUGGAAGAUUGUAUCUCUGCAGCUGACGUGACAUCACUUGCAUUCUCAAAAUCUCUUAAUGCCUUGUUUGUAUCAUCUGUUUUUCUGAAGUAUCUUAUUGAAAACUCCAAGACUGAUGACUUUGAAGAGCUAUACUUGUCGCUGGGUGAAAAGGAGCCUGUGCCACAUAAUUUCUCAAAAGGCCAACAUGUUGAAAACCUCGUCAUGGUCAGUGCCCUUAACUUUAUUGCCAAAGUUGAUGUUAGCCAGGGAACGUAUCUUCUGCAUCAGAUGCUGAUUGCCAUGUCAACUCAACUUCUCUCUGGGCCAACACCAGGACCAAAUGAUGUACACCCUUUCAUUGAUGCAGCAAUGGCUCAGGAAAGCUCUUUGGUUCACGUGGUUGUACACAAGUUACUGCUCAAUUACAUCAUUCGCCCACGUUUUCCUGUAAACAGCUUAUCUUCGAGAAUAUUAUCUGAAGGAAAUCAGCCUGGUGUCCUAAGAAGAGUUGGCUCUGCAGCUGCAAACUUGAUGCUAUUGCCUUUCAGUUACAUAGUUAGCUCAACUGGUGAAGCUUCAAGAAGUCCUUUAGCAGAAGGCAGUCUUAACAUUUUACUUGUUCUUAUUUAUCACCACAAAUGUCUUUCGAUGGACUUUGUGAAAGACAAAAGUGAUGACGGCAGUUUUGAGCCCCUCCAGAAGGAAGAAACUUAUUUUGCAGAAAAUCCUUUCCGUAAAGCAGUAGAAAAUGCUCGGGAUAUUGAAUUUGAUCGAAUCAAUAUUGAGGGGAAUGCACACAGUGGUCCGCUUGUGAGACUACCUUUUGCUUCUCUUUUUGAUACCCUUGGCGUGUGCUUGGCUCAUGAAACCUCUGUCCUGUUGCUCUACUCACUGGUGCAUGGAAAUUCAGAUUUUCUGGAGUACGUUUUGGUGCGAACAGAUCUAGAUACGCUGUUGAUGCCCAUGUUGGAAACGCUAUAUAAUGCUCCGAGCAGGACAUCCAAUCAUAUUUAUAUGGUGCUUGUUAUCUUUCUGAUACUAAGUCAAGAUUCCUCUUUCAAUGCCAGCAUUCACAAACUGAUGCUUCCUAACGUUCCAUGGUAUCGAGAACGUCUCCUUAAUCAAACUUCUCUUGGUUCCUUCAUUGUGAUAAUGUUAAUUAGGACCGUGAAAUACAAUCUCUCUAAGCUACGGGAUGUCUAUCUCCAUACAAAUUGUCUUGCAACUUUGGCAAACAUGGCACCACAUGUUUAUCGACUGAGUGCAUAUGCAUCAGAGCGGUUGGUCAGCCUCUUUGAUAUGCUUUCUCGCAAGUACAAUAAAUUAGCAGAGUUUAAAAAUGACAAAAUGAACACAGAAGAUGGUGAUCUAAGAGGAGACAGCUUUUUUGAGGAUCCUUCAGCUGAACUGCAUAUAUACACCGACUUCCUGAGACUUGUGCUGGAGAUAUUAAACGCAAUUUUAACUUAUGCAUUGCCACAGAAUCCUGAGGUAGUUUAUGCAAUUAUGCACAGGCAGGAAGUUUUUUUACCUUUCAAAAGUCAUCCACGUUAUAAUGAGCUAUUGGAGAACAUAUAUACUGUGGUGGAUUUUUUCAAUAGCCGUAUUGAUUCACAGAAAAUGGAUGGAGACUGGUCAGUGGAAGAAGUGCUUGAGGUCAUAAUCAACAACUGUCGAUCUUGGAGAGGCGAGGGCAUGAAGAUGUUUACGCAGUUACGGUUCACCUACGAACAAGAGAGCCAUCCUGAGGAAUUCUUCAUCCCGUAUGUGUGGCAGCUGGUAUUAUCCCACAGUGGUUUCACUUUCAAUCCGAGCAGCAUAAAUUUAUUCCCAGUGCCUGUAGAAGAUAUAAAUGGGGAGGAGGCGAAGAAGCAGCUCCAAAAUGGCGAGAUGAAAGAAGUUGUACUUCAAGUAGAGACGCCUGUAUAGUGGAGUUAUAGUCCACCUCAAGUAGUCCAAUUUUAAUGUACAUACACACACAUCAAUCGAAUAGUAGGAAUUUUCAAUCGUUCAUGUUUAUAUGUCUUCAGUACAUAGGUCCCUAGUUUUGUUAUUAGGAUAUUACUCAAUGUAACGAAUAAGAGAACUUUCUCAAAUUUGCAAUACAUAGCCUCUUGCGUGUA